AUGUCCAAACCAACAUACACCCUAGCAGCGGUCCGUUUGGACGAUGUGCCAGAGAUUGGCCAGCUCACUGCGGAUGCCUUUGUCGAUGACCGCCAGACCCAAAUGAAAAACAUGGGCAAGGAGCCUUACGACAUGAACAAGAUGACAUUGGAAAGCCUGCCGAGUAUGCUGCACAACCCACGCUGUAUUGCCAUCAAAGUCGUCGACAAGGACAGCGGAGACAUUAUGGGCGUGUGCAACUGGGGAUUUCGAGGGUUCAAGCCCGAGGAGAUGCCAAAGAUGGAGGGCAAACCCCUACCUUUGGAGAAGCCUGAAGAGACAAAGGCAGGCCCGGAAGAGAAGAAAGAGCAAGGUGCCACUGACGGAAAUGGAAAGGAAAGGCUUGACAGAGAGGAGGAAACGGACCCCAUAACAAGACUGCAAGCUCGGACGGGGGCUGAUUUGGAGGCAUGGAUGGAAGAGGUGAUGCCAGAAGGAACAAGAUGUCUUUUCGUCAUUGGCCUGUCGGUUUCCCCCAAGCACCAAGGCCGCGGCGUCGGCUCUGCGCUGUUACGCUGGGGGACUGACAUUUGCGACGAUCAAGGUGUCUUUGCGUGGGUUCACUCCUCAGAGCCCGCCUGGCCGAUGUAUGAGAAGUGCGGAUUUCGAACCGUACGCUCUCUGGACAUUGACUUGGAUGAAUAUGCACCGGCGCCCCCGCCCAACGAGGGACCUAAUGCGAAAUGGGGGCACUACGUUUUUCGAUACAUGAAGUACUUUGGAAACAAAGGGGAACCUUGA